AUGCGACCGCGUCAGGAGGGCGCGGGGGGCAGGCCAAGGCGAGCCCGGGCGGCGGGGUGGAGAAAAAGCAGCACUGCCGCCGCGGAGGGGGAGGGCGCGGCGGGGCGGCGGCGGCCGCUGGGCCGGAGCGCGCGGGGGGCCGCGGAGCGCGAAAGCUUCAGUGACAGCAGCGACGGCGGCGAGAGCAGGGACGACAGCGGCAGUCUUCUGGGAGCCGAGGUCGCCAGCAGUGGGGAGGAGGAGGAGGAGGUGGAGUUGGAGAAGGCUGACGAUCCAUCUGACAUGUCUUUUGAAGAACUUCUGAAGAUGCAGAGUGAUGUGAAGAUGAAAGUGUGCAAGCGGGUGGCCGCUGGGAAGAGAACUACAAAGCCUGCCAAAGCUAUGGUGAAGCAGCAGCAAGGCAAAAAGGGGCCAUUGGAGAUGUCUGCCAAGAGGCCUGUACCUUUCCUGAGACAAGUGGUCCCUGUUAGAAAGAAGGUGCAGAGAGACCCUAGAUUUGAUGACCUGUCUGGAGAGUAUAAGCCUGAGAUAUUUAUGAAGACAUACAGCUUUCUGGACAGCAUCAAGAAGCAGGAGAAAGAGAUGGUUCAGAAGCAGCUGAAGAAAUGUCGGGACGCGGAGCAGAAGGAGAAACUCCAGCAGCUCCUGAACCGCAUGACACAGCAGGAACAGGCACAGAAGCAGCAGCAGAAGUUGAGGGAGAGGGAGCUGUCUUUGAAGAGACAACAGAGGGAACUGGCAAAGCAGGGAAAGAAACCCUUCUUCCUGAAGAAAUCUGAGAAGCGGAAGUUGGAGCUAGCUGAGAAGUAUGCAGAGCUGAAGAGGAGUGGAAAGCUGGAGAGCUUCCUGACCAAGAAGAGGAAGAGGAACGCCAUCAAAGACAAGCGCCGCCUGCCCUCGCAGAAGAAUUCCUGACUGCUGGACAGAUGCUCUUGUCUGGCUCUGGGACCUCACUGCCAUCCCUCUUCCCAGUACCUGCCGCUCACUGAGCAGCUGUUGGGCUGCAGAGCAGAGGCUGAACUGCAGGAGGUGCAUUCUGUAGCUGAAAUGUCCUCUCUGCUUGGCACCACCCAGGCGUGCAAGCCACAAGCCUGUCAUGCACGGUGUCACAGCCGACUGUCCUUGAACCACAUCGUCUCUUCCUCUAGGAGAGGGCAAGCACUGCAUCACUUGUUCUGCUCCAGGGCUUAGGAGGCACCAGCUGAGGUGAGAAAGGAUGUCAGCUGUGAGGGCUCUGGUACGGUGCCUGCUCAGAGCAGAGCUAGCACUCACUUCACGCCAGGUUGCCCAGGGUUGUCUCCCUUGGGCUGAGAAUGCCCAAGGACAAACAGCAUGACCUCUCUUGGUCUCUGCUUCAAGUUUUCAAGAUGAAACUUUUGACCUCCUCCAGGAAACUUGUCCUCAAUGAAGUGCCUGGCUUCAUCUUCUCAAUAGCCUCAUCCUACGUCUAGGAGGUGGGUGGAAAAGGGGUGCUGUUAGAUCUCCCCAAAGCCUUCUCCCACAGAAGGUGAAUAAACCCUCUUCUCUGAGCCUCCUCUUAGCGUGCUCCAGCCUCAGAACUUCCAUGUUCUUGACUGGAGUUAGGUCAGAGGACCAACAUCUAUCUUCUGGUGGCCCAGCCUGGAUGCAGUAUGUGGAUGUAGCCCUGGUGCUUGAGUAGAGGAGGGAUGAUGAUACCCCUGUGCAUGGGCUGGUGAUGCAGCCCCGGUGAUGCAGGCCAUCCUUGGCUCACUGCUCAGGUACUGCUGCCUGGUGUCUCUCCAGCAGGGAUACCACCUCUCUUCUUGGCUUCUCCAGGUGGUCUGCUACAGGGUUGUUAGUGCUCCUAGGAACUGUGUGAAAUAAAAGUCCCUCAGUUUUCCUUUAUUCCCAGUGUUGGUGCUGUUACAGUCAAAGGUAUUCAGGCUUAGGGGAAUUAAUGCCUCUCUCCAAC